AAAGGGGUUCAAAACUAUAAGGAAUGGCUAAACAUCCUGACGCUCAGGACCACGGGCUGCUGCCUUCCAUCUGAGGUCAGCUGGUGCUGGCUGUGCCCCUCAGAGGGACGGAGGAGAUCUCCAGGGGCACCCACAGCUGGGAGGUGACAGCCUGUCUCCUUGCUCUGCUGGAGGCUGGGUCUCAGCCACACAGGAAAAGAGGUCUCAUGGUUCUCCUGGCUUGAAUAAAAUGCCCCAAAAUCAUGGAACAGAAUCACAGCACUGCUCUGGUUGGAAAAGCCCUCCCAGACCUGUGACGGAUCCCCACCUUGUCACUCAGACCAGAACACUGAGUGCCACCUCCAGYUGUAAAUAUUUCGUUCCUCCCAAUUUCAGAGCUGUAUUUCUGUGGAUCUCAAACCAUAUUUUGGCCAGUCUUGACCACAGUGGAGAGUAAGAAGCAACAGUCAGUGUUCAGCUUGGAAGGAUGAAGCAGCAAAGGCACCGGGACAGGAUCCCAGCCCUGAACUGGCCUGRUUUUGCCUGGCACUGAGCACUGGGGCCCAGAUCAGUGCCCUUCUGUUCUGCUCCACCCAUGCAGCAGCUGGAAUGGAGAGAAAAAAACAGUGCGAGAACAGCUCCAUAAAAAACAGAAAGAGGGCAGGGAGGAUUCCUGAGGGGAGGAUUCCCAGGCCACUGCUUGCUCUGUGUUGUGUGAACCAUCUCGUUGAGUGUCCCCGGGGUCCCUCUCCCAGGGUGGAACAGCAACAGCCCCAGGAGCUCAGCCUGGGGAGCAGCUCCUGCUGGCGCUGGGGAAGGGACAGCUCUGCUCAAAUAUCUGUGAUCGCAACGGGAGCUUGCAAGAUUAACAGCAUCCAGGAGAAAAGAGCUUCUCUGAAGAGAUGCCUGGCUUCCAGCAUCUUCACACCAGAGUCUGAAAAUGAUGACUGAGAAUUCUGAGAAGAUUCUGAGUCUGCUCCCAUUCUGAAAACUUUCAGAGUUCAUCCCUGGAUGUCUGUGCUUCCUGACUGCGGCUCUUCUCCAAAACGGCUCAGAAACAAAAACCCCAGGAGCCUCUGCCACACAGGAAGUGCCCUGGCAUAGCAUGAGCGCCCCCGGCCCCGCGGGCCAUGCCCUUGUCCAACAGCUCUGACCUGAGCCCGUCCUUCAUCCUGGCCAGCAUCCYGGGGCUGGAGGCAGCCCAGUCCUGGAUGGCCAUCCCUCUGUGCUGUGCCUACGUGCUGGCGCUGGCGGGGAACGGCGCCGUGCUGCUGGUGGUGCGCGCGGAGCCCAGCCUGCACGCGCCCAUGUACUUCUUCCUCUGCAUGCUGGCCACCAUCGACCUGGCCCUGGCCACGGCCACCGUGCCGCGCAUCCUGGCYUUCUACUGGUUCGGCACCAGGGAGAUCGGCUUUGGGGCCUGCCUGCUGCAGAUGUUCCUCAUCCACACGCUCUCGGCCGUCGAGUCCACCGUGCUGCUGGCCAUGGCCGUGGACCGCUACGUGGCCAUYUGCCACCCGCUGCGACACGCCGCCAUCCUCACCAACGCGGCCACGGCCAAAAUCGGGCUGCUGGCCAUGGCCAGGGGAGUGCUCUUCUUCCUGCCUCUGCCCCUGCUCCUCCUGCCCYUGCCCUUCUGYGGCUCCCGGGUGCUGUCCCACUCYUUCUGCCUGCACCAGGACGUGAUGAACCUGGCCUGCGCCAACACCACCCCCAGUGUGGUGUACGGGCUCACAGCCAUCCUGCUGGUCAUGGGGCUGGACGCCGUCCUCAUCUGCCUCUCCUACCUCCUCAUCCUCAAGGCCGUGCUGAGCCUGGCGGCAUGGAGGGAGAGGCUCAAGGUGUUCAGCACCUGCAUCGCCCACAUCUGCGUGGUGCUGGCGUUCUACGUGCCCCUGAUCGGGCUGUCCGUGGUGCACAGGUUUGGGAAGGACCUGGCUCCYCUGGUCCACAUCAUCAUGGGCAACRUCUACAUCCUGGUGCCUGCUGUGCUCAACCCCAUCAUCUACGGGGUGAGGACCAAGCARAUCCAGAGGCGGAUCCUGAGUUUGAUUCACAUUAAUGCCGGAACUCCCCGGUGACCCGCGCUCGGCCUCUGUCCUGUGUCCUCACACCGCCUCAUCUUGUUUUACACUCAGAGUCCUUGGGGCAGGACUGCCCUCUCUGUGUGCUCUGAGGCGCUGCCAUCAGGCAAAAAAAGCUGAUUGUAAACUCCUUCCAAGAGUUUUUGCCCUCACCCAACGUAGAGAGAAACUACUGCAAUGAUUAAAUCCAAACCUGACCUGGCUAGCUCCACAAGGAAGGAAAGGUGCCUCAGCAAACCAAUAAAGAUGUUCCAAAACUGCACCUCUUGGUUCCCAUCUCACCUCUAACAGUGGCAGAGAGGAGCAGAGGCUGGGUGGUUUGGGGUGAUUUAGUGAAUUCAUUGUUUCCACACAUGGCAGAKUCAUAUUCCAAAAUUUUUGCCAGAAACUUUAGCUGUAGAGUCAUUCUCCAACUAAAAUAAUUACAGCACAUCUGCCCAAAGUGGCGUUAUAGAUGCAGAAAUKCAUUUCAGAAGAGGAACCUCCACCUCUGUGGUCUUGUUCUGACCUGUUGGGUGCUCUUUCAAGACUCCUCACCUUCCUUAUAUCAGAUGUUGUGAAAAAACUUCCGACCCAGUGUUACUGGUAGCAAUCUUAWGAAUAAUUUAAAUUAAUAAUUAAAUUCAAUAAAAUGAAAACUUCUCAAGAGAAAAAAAUAAGCAAGUUAUAAAUGUCAGUGAUCAUUCCAAGCUGAAGGAAGUCUCCUUUUCAAGCCAAAGGUGUUUCAUACUUUUGAUUGAACACUGGGAAUUCCUAGGAAGUCCUGCCAUUGGCACCAGUGAACMGAGUCUGGCACCAUCCUCUGCACCRCUYGGAGAGAUUUGUAUGGACUGAUGGGAUCCCCUCCAAGGGUCCUCCCAUGAAUUGUGGUUCACUCUCGGGGUGAAAACAGGGAUGUGUUUGCAAUUCCCACUGCAGCAGCCACCAGGAUCCCUCAGGAAGGGGUGUCAGGGCUGGGAGUUCCCGUUGGAUCCGGGUGGGUUUUGCUGCACAAAGCCCUGCAGAGCCGGGCCCUUCUCAGGAAGCCGCAGCAGCCCUGCUUUGGUCUGCUCUCCAUCACGAGGCCCAGGGGCUCUCCAAGCACCRAUGUCUCCAUCAGUACCACAGAAUCCCAAAGUCCCUGAGGUUGGAAAAGCCCUCCCAGCCCRUGGAGUSCCAGCUGUGCCCGAUGCCCACCUUGUCCCCAGCCCAGAGCACUCAGUGCCACCUCCAGCCCUUCCUGGGACACCUCCAGGGAUGGGGAYUCCAAAGCUCCCUGGGCAGCCCCUGCCAAGGCCUGAGCACCCUUUCCAUGGGCAAAUUCCUUCUGGUGCCCACCCUGAGCCUCCCCUGGCCCAGCCUGAGGCYGUUCCCUCUCCUCCUGUCCCUGUUCCCUGGGAGCAGAGCCCRACCCCCCCGGCUGCCCCCUCCUGUCAGGGAGUUGUGCAGAGCCACAAG